CAAAAAAGUAAUGGAAGUGAGUCAGUCGCCUUCUGGACUUUGACACUGACAGACGUGAUCAUGGGAGCCGAUGCUGUGCCUAUUGCUGUGGUGACGGGAUUUUGGGCCGUCGUGGGCAUCAUUCUGCCCUUUGUUCUUGGCAAGGGACCGAAUAAAGGCGUGAUCCAGACAGUGCUAGUCAUCACGGCAGUUACAUCUUGGCUCUUUUGGUUGCUGUGUUAUUUGCACCAAAUGAAUCCUCUCAUAGGACCGCAGUUACACAACACAACCAUCCUGGCCAUUCGGUAUCUCUGGGAUGGGACCUUGAGCCUCGAUGACUUCAAUGAAACAACAACAACAAGCACCAUGGAGACAUCAACAGCAGCACACAUCUAACAACCAAGACCCAAGGAAGGAGCUGAUAUAACCCCUCCCCCCCCUCUCCCCCCAACACCCAGGAAAUCCCCAAGCUUGGAAUCCAACAGCGACUCUCAUUUUAGCCUGGGAUUGCUGUUCCAAUUCUCCCGUCUUUCAAAUUCGGCUCGUGGUCAUUAUUCUCCUUCGUCCCUUUUAGUGCUAAGAUAUGUAAAUGCUAUUUAUAUCAUUACUUAAAGGUGAUAUGUUGCUGUGCGAUGGAGGCCUUAUGAUGUAUAUGUAGUCUUGUGUGUACAUAUUGAAAGAGAGUCACAAAAUUCUAGCAGUAUAUCUUUUUAAUAAAAUUGUUUGUGAAUGCUAUUGAAAUAAUACAUGUUCUAGUUUUUUUUUUUUC